AUGGGGAAGAAGGACCAAUACGACUGCGAGGUGCUAUGUGAUUUUGGGUCUGGCCCGGUUGGAUACACAGUGCUGAUGGUCGAGGCUGGCGCUGACGAGAGUAACAACCUCGGAGAGCAUAGUAAGAACGCUGCAUGCUUUCAGAAGGACAUUGACUCCUUUGGAAGUCUGCAACCAACCUCGGUGCCAACCGAUGAAUCGGUGGUCCCUACUUUACCUCCAGUGUAUCCAACUUCGGAACGUUUGCCUAUCCUCGACGAUAACAAAUGGGACAUGCUAUAUGACGACGCAGAGAAACUGAUUGGACCCUAUACCGACCUCCUCCAAGGUUCAAUCCGCCAAAGAAAACGGGGAAACAAGAACGAGCGGCAACCCGCGGCAUUCCCACUUUUUCUGGCGGCCAAGCUACGCAAUUUGAACUCUGAGUACAUCACCUGGUCUUCGUCGUAUAGAGUUCUCGAGCCGAUACUUGCAGAAGCCAAGUACAGAGGAAGGAUCAAGGUUGAAGAGGUUGUUGAGAGUGUCACGAUUCGCCAGUCAUCGGACGACAAGGAGGACGAAGUUCGAGCCAGGAUGUACAUCGUCUGCGGUGGAUCUAUACUCACUCCACAGCUGUUGUUCAAUUCGGGGUUUCGGACAGAGGAGACCAAUACUCAGAUUCGGACAUACACCGAGACGGGCCUCAGCUAUGUCCGGUCCCAAUUGGCCAUAUUUAGGACCUUGAUUGAGACGGAGACGCUACCCUUCCUCCGGCUCCCCACCUUGAUAUCUCCAACAAACAAUGUGCUCUGCGAAGUUGUCUUGGAUAGGCGCUGGAUCAAGGCAGUCUACGGACCGAACUCACCGGACAAGGGGGGCUCCAAUCCAUACCCGGGCUGGGACGAGAAAAAUCAGAGACGGUCAGACCUCAGGGAGAAGAAAUGGAACGACAAAAUCAUUGAACACUUGAAGACUCAAGAGGGCCGUGAGCCUCAGGAUAAGUUGCCGUUUCCUUUCAACGAUUUGGAUCCGCAGGCCACUCUUCCCGUUACCGACAAGCGACCGUGGCACACCGAGAUACACCGGGACGCCUUCUCGUACGGAGCAGUCCCCCCGAGCAUUGACAAGCGGACCAUCAUAGAUUUGCGCUUCUUUGGCCCCGUGGAACCGACAUAUGGGAAUCGCGUCACCUUCACAAAGAAGAUCAAGGAUUCUUACGGGAUGCCGCAGCCCACGUUCCACAACACGCGCACCGAGACCGACCGAGAUCUUACGCAUCGGAUGUUGAAGCACAUGGAAGAGCUUUCUGGGGUUCUGGGUGGCUCUCUCUCGGGUUCCGAGCCGCAGUCUAUGGAGAAUGGCCUAGCACUCCACAUCUCUGGCACCACCAGGGCCGGUAGCUCAAAGAGGGACUCAUGCUGCAACAGGUUCUCCCAGAUUCAUGGUGUCGACAACCUCUUUGUGGGAGGUCUGAAUGUCAUUCCCGGAAAGAACGCAUCCAACCCCAUAUUGACAGAUAUGCGCUUCGCUAUCAAAGCUGCGGGCAGGAUCUCAGAUCGUCUGUGGGACGAUAGGGACGACGACGACGACGACGAGGAGGAGGAGGGGGAGGAGGAGAGGAGAAGAAGAUGA